UGGAGAAGCGCAGACUCAAAAUCAACGUCCAGAUUAGUCGAGCCUUCCGCAUUCUCGGAAUCGAAAGGUCGAACAGAUGGUGUGCGUGCUCUUCCUUCACACGCAUGACAACGAUAGUUUCAGAUAGUUAUUGAGUUACAGAGUUAAGAACAGAGGAAGGGAAAUGAUAUUACCCGUUGUCAAGCUCGGAACACUAGCUCUGAAAACGGCGUGCAAGCCCAUCGCUAAUCGGCUCAAGAAAGAGGCUGGCUUGCACCCCAAGUUCCGUCGGUUCAUCGUCAACGUUGCCCAGGCAAAUCAUCGAUUCACAACCAACAUGCAAAGACGCAUAUAUGGUCAUGCCACUGAUGUUGCAAUUCACCCUCUGAAUGAGGAGAAAGCUGUCCAAGCUGUUGCAGAUCUUCUUGGAGAACUCUUUGUGUUUACGGUUGCUGGAGUUGCUGUCAUCUUUGAGGUGCAAAGAAGCUCUAGAUCGGAGGCCAGGAAGGAGGAACUGCGCAGACAAGAAUUACAGGCUAUGAAGCAGCGAGAUGAAGAUCUAGCAAGAGAAGUGGAGCUUCUAAAGCACAAAAUUUCAGAGCUGGAGCAACUUGCCAAGGGACGAGGACUUGGCAGUAUAUUCAACUUCAAGCACACUGCUCACAGUACCGAUAAUGGACAAGCUAAACCCGCUUAAUCACUCUGCAUUAUGUUGCAACUAAAUUGGGGGAAUUAAACCCAGAGUCUCGGGUAGUUUGUUUCCUUCUUUUUUGAUCAAUGAACGAGCAUUUACUUGCAUUUGAUCAUUGAGGUUGUGCUUAUAAAUGUAUAAGUUUGUGACUAACUGAACCUGUUAUAAUAAGAAGCUAACUCUAUUAUUGAUUUCCCUCA